AUGACUACCGCGCAUGUAGCUUCAAUCGUCCCCAGAGCGGCAUCAACAGUUCCUUAUCGUGCAUCUACAUAUACCCCACAGGCAACCCAACCUAGGCCAAAUGUCACGGACGACUACGAACGUUGGUACACCGAAGCUACGCCAAACAAUCGCAUGCUCCUUUCCCUUCGUUCCGGGAUUGAUUCCGAGGUAGCCUGGGCUCUCGAUCGUCUCUGCCGCCUCUGCAACAACGAACAGUUCCUUCUUCGCGCCAUACCUGGUCUUACCGACGCGCUCUUUGAAUGGCCCUUUUGGUACGUCCGCGUUGGCGCCAAACACUGUGCACCUACCUCUAUGCUAUUUUCUCUCCCUCCUGAAUGGGAGAGACAUCGAAGGCAUGCCUUAGAGUCUGUUUUCAUCCUUCGCAAUGCAGCUGUAAACGAGCCAAAUGCCCUAGAGCUGUCCCAGUAUGAAAGCACCAGACAACUCAUCUUACUUGCUUUACACCAUAUACCGACAGAUUCAGAUUCCAACAUGGAGUUCGUGCAGUACGUUAUCGAACUGCUACAGGCACUCGCUCCAAACUUGGUUCUACCACCGCCGAAUGCACCUGUAUUAGCCAAUCCAUUACAGCCACUCCAAAACUUGGCGGGACAUGCUUCAAAUCGCGCUUUGAUCUUAACCUCUUUCACUACACUAAACCUGCUUCUGUCCAAUCCUGCGAACACUGGCCACCUCACGGAAGACUCGCCUGCGCUGGAUGCAGCAGUCAGGUAUCUUCCCCUGUUUCAAGACAAGGCGCUAGUUGAUGCAUCUGUGAAUUAUCUGUAUACACAUCUCGCACAUCCGCCCAUGACAAAAGCGUUUCUGCUUCAUUCGAGGAUGCCGGCUACUUUGAAGCUAUUGGUGUCUCAUUUGCUUUCCGAGCAAGUAGAGGAAACGGUCUCACUUGAUAUUGCCGCGCCAAUUCACACCGCGCCUGCGCUGACUGCAAGUAUCAAGAACCAUGAACUCACUAAGGAGGAAUUCGACAGGCUGGUGCCGAUGCCGGAGCCUCAAAGGUGCUACGAAUGGAUGAAGGCUAUGUUCGUGGCCAAUCCUGAUGGCGAACUCACCCAGGUUGACUUUUGGAACUUAUACAAGGACGCAUUUAUGCCAUAUCAAGAACGUUACAACCUGCUUGUGGCCUCGGAUGUCAUCAAGAAUGUGAAUUUGGUCUUUCCCCAAGCACAGGCCAUGGUUCUACCUGGGCCGCCGCAACGAUUUGUCGUAAGGGGAGUCGACCGGCGGAAAGACAAGUCAACGAUCGAACUGUACAAAUGCUGUUGGGACCGCUCACAAUGUCCAGUUGAACCUUUUGGAUCUGCAGGCGAGCUCUAUGAGCAUGUGCUCAACCAACAUGUUAACCCCUCCGAAGUUGCCGAGGUGCCAUGUUUAUGGGCAUCUUGCUCGCAUGCGCCUGUACCCAAAGCACAUGUUCGUGGACAUGUCCUUACCCAUCUGCCGAACACGCAACCUACUUUCCCAGACCCCUUGCAGCCCACCGCCAUUACCCUCUCGUCUGAAAAUUACCCUCACCCCAUUCCCAACCCGACGACUAGGCCUGUCCCCCCGGCCCAUUCUGCGAAGAUAACGUACAAACGCCCUGUCGCUGAUCCACCCUCGUCGGCGCUCACUGCUCUGCUUUGUAUCCGUGUACUCUUUCGCGCAUCAUUUGCGUCUUCCGAUGCCGCUCCCCGUGCCGACGAGGAUCAUUUUGGUUUUCCGGGCAUCGUAGAAGACAUUGGUGACCAAGAAAAUUCAAUGCAAAGGGCAGGAACGGACCGCGAGAGGGAGGGAGAGAGGAGGGGUCGAAAGGCAUUCAUUGGAGCGAGGCACUUGAUGGAGAAUGGUUUCACCCCAGAGCAGAUUGCCCCGAAUCAGGAUGCCACGAAGUUCUGGUCGGGUCUAUUCGAGCUCGAUGUUGAUGUAGUUUUCCUUUCCGGUAAAGUGAGCGAGAUUAGCAAGGAAGAUUGCCUGGGUACCUUGAAGCCUAUCUUGAAUGCCGUCAUCCUCCAAUGCUUGUACUAUGCUCGCUCUAUGCCAGUCGAUGACGCUCGAAAGCCACAUGCUGUGCAAACCUUGUCUAUCCUGAGCCGUUGUAUCCUAAGAAGAAAUUUGGCUGGAUGGGAGAUUAUGGAAAUAUUCGCGGGAGGGGUUCAGAACAGCGACAAAGUGUUUAAUGACCUCACUGCUAUGAUAGAGGACAUUUGGAGCGAUGCCUCCGCACCAGUCGACUUGCGUCACCAGGUCUUACAACUCGCGAUCAUAUUCGUGUCGGGAGUAAGCCAGCUGAGCCCUGGUGCUUACUUUCUGCGACGAGAUUUAUUCCCUUCCAUCGUCACUCUCAUAACAUCUCCAGAAACGGAAAAGUUCACGUUUGAAGCCUCGCUUCUUGUUUCCCUGCUAGCCAACUUUCACAAAUCAGACGCAGCAAAACUCAACCCAUAUCUCCACCGCAUUAGGGAAGCGGAAAAUGACGCACUUAUGCGUAAAAUUUGCUGGGCCUCGAAUUUUGCUGCAGACGCUGUGGUGAAGUCGUAUCAGAAUAUUUCCGACGACUCUCCACAAACCCUCGGGACUGCGUUUGGGUCAUUGUUAUCGUCUCUCCGACCAGACCGGGCCUUGUCAGCUAAGCCAAUUGACACACCCCGAGAAUUAUUCAAACACCAACCUAUCGAAGCUUGUGUCGUCUUACUACCAAUCUUUGAAUUCCUCAGUGCGAAUACCAAAUUUCGUGCUGCCUUUCUAGAGCCACUGAACCCGGAUUCGGAGAAGCAAGUUCAGCCUUUACCAUAUACACUCUUGACAUUAUCCUCCUACCUUUUCACACACGCAUCGUCAACACAUGCUCCGCGUGCAAUUGCCUAUGCGAACUUGGCAUUAAAUUUGCUGCUCGUCUUGGCAGAGGCCCCAGAUAUACUGAACGUGUUCAGUCAUACAAAUGGAGCUACGGUGAGACUGUGUCGUCAGAGACCACCUCUGUUGCCCUCGUCGCCCUCGUCACCUGUAUGCGCAAUUUUAGAUUGUUGCGUGCUUUGGCUGCGUCACAACUUGCACAAACGAUUAGAGGCGUAUUGUUAUUUGAAAUGCACGAGAGUCUGCUAUCGUGUGUUAUUUUACUUGCAGAAGGAGCGCUUGCGUUUGGAGUACCACUGGCAAGAUAUGUGGACAGCACUGAUAGGCUUACUGGAUUUUUUGUCCAAUAAGUUGGAUGAUCUCAUCACCACUGGUGGUGUAGAACCUAUUGUGCGCGAGACCUUGCUGAUUUUAGAUCUUGCCUUGUGCCACUCCGGAGAGUUCCUCCCUACUCCGCAAGCUGUGUAUGGAUUAGUGUACGAGGUUGUUCGCUCGGCACCAGUAUUCAGGAAGCAGAAAGUACUUCUUGACAAGCUGGCUCUGCCGCAGGCAAAGAGUCGUUUCUCCGAUGAAGGCCAUGCUGUGGAGGCAUUAGCCAAUAUUCUCGCAGUGACCGAACACUACGAAGCAAAAAUCCAAGAGACGACAGCCACGUCCGCGAAUCAGGCCUUGCGUAUCGUAGCUGGGACGAUAGAGCACGAUGGACUGGUGUACGGGAAGGAUCUGCAUACCGAGGAGCUACCGUAA